UUAUUUAAUCAACAGAUACGAAAGAUGAGUGAAGUUCUUGGCAGCAUGAAGUUAAUAAAAAUGUAUGCGUGGGAGGAAUCAUUCAAACAAUCUGUAUUAGGUACAAGAGAAAAAGAAACGAGACCACUGUUACUAUCGACAAUAUCAAAUUUGAUUUGUAAUUCCAUCAUCCCAGUGACCCCUUCCCUAGCUACAGUAGCGACAAUAUCAUCAUAUGUAAACGCCGGUAAUCAACUGACCGCGUCGACGAGCUUUUCGAUUGUUUCCACCCUCAACUUCUUGCAGAUAAUAAUAUCCUUUAUUCCGACCGCCUGUCGGAUAUUUGGAGAAACCAGAAUCAGUUUUGAAAGAAUAAAGCGUUUUAUGCUAGAAGAUGAAUUCACGCCGCCGCAUCACGAUGUCAAAGACAAAGGGAAUGCAAUUGAGCUAAAAAGCACAGUGUUUAUGUGGGAUGGCGAGGGCAGCAAAGAGCCAUCCGAUAAACUUAAGCUAAAAGAAUUGCGCCGUCAUCCGUCAACAACAUCGCUAGUACUACAGAGUAUAGACCUCACAGUCAGAAGGGGUAAACAUAUCGGUAUAUGUGGAGCAGUCGGUUGCGGGAAGUCAUCCUUGCUGCAGGCAUUGAUCGGAAGGAUGCCGCUAAUUACAGGACAAAUUGCGGUUGAUGGUCAGGUGGCGUAUGCCGCACAACAGGCAUGGAUAUUCAAUGGAACACUCAGAGAAAACGUUCUCUUCGGAAAGCCUUAUCAAAAGGAUUGGUACACUAAGGUUGUCAACGCCUGUAGUUUGUACAAGGAUAUCCGCAUACUGGCCAAUGGAGACCUUACUGAGAUCGGCGAUAAAGGAAUAAACCUAAGUGGUGGCCAGAAACAGCGCGUGAGUCUGGCGCGUGCUGUCUACAGUAAAAGCGACAUAUAUCUCCUUGACGACCCAUUGUCCGCCGUUGACGUUCACGUCGGUCAGCAUUUGUUCCACAUGUGUAUUGAUAAAGUUUUGAAGAAUAAAACCGUUGUCUUAGUAACUCAUCAACUCCAGUAUUUAAAACAUUGUGACGAAAUUUACGUUAUGGAUGAUGGUGAAAUAACCGAGCACGGAACACAUGAUUCGCUGUUGGCACUGCAUGGACAAUAUACUAAAGUGAUGGAACAGUAUAAUUCCAAAAUGUACUUUACCGAUACAACAGACGAUCACAGCAUAGAGGAAGAUGGCACUGACAAGGAAUCAAUUGAUAUGAAAACAAAUCAGCAGCAGAAUGACAUGAACAAUUCAAUGGCUGCACCUUCGCUGGAUCAAAACUACGAAAAAGGUAUUUUAACGAACAGAGAAACUUCAGCAGCUGGCGACAUUACUAGGGAGACAUACAUGAGCUACGUCAACGCAGGUGGUGGCAAAAUAGUGACAGCUUUGGUGAUCUUGCUGUAUAUGUGUUUCGCAUCUUCUGUUGCAUUCAGUGAAUGGUGGUUAGGAAUUUGGAUCGAACAGACAACUUCACCAGCAGUAGUAGCACUUCCUUCCGAACUCAGUUCAAAUGCGACAAAUUUGUCAGUUGUAGAGAAUGUCACAUUAUCCCCCGAGCAAACAACAAAUACAACAUUUUCCAUGCAAAUGGAAGACUUACAGGAGAGAAAGGACUGGUAUUUGAAUAUCUAUAUUUAUACAUCUUUAGUAAUAGCUGGAUUAGCUGUCUUAAAAGCACUAGCCGUCGGAAAGGUGAUGGUUAGGGCAUCUGUCAAUCUACAUAACAAGGCCGUAAGAAGAAUCAUGCAUGCUCCAAUGCAGUACUUUGACGCAAAUCCGUCUGGUAGACUCCUAAACCGAUUCUUGCGGGACGUAGAUGAAGGCUAG